AUGAAACGAGUUCGAGAACUUACCCUUUCUGACAAUAAUGGAAACGAAUUAUCAAAUAUAUAUGUUAUAUUUAUCUCAGGCAUAGAUGAUACUCGUGAUCAGAAUUCAUCCAUACUAUCAUAUGUAAAAUUCGAUCUUGAAAAAUUAAUCAAUGAUAUUAAAGAUUUACCAUUAGGUUUUCACGAGAAUCGUCUGCAACAAAUAUCUGCGUAUGCAGUAGCUCGAGUAAUUAAUAUUUAUUUUCGUUGUGGUUAUAUUUUGAAAGUAAUGAAAUAUAAAGUAUUGGCAGAUUUUGCUGCUGUUGUGUCAUUUCUGGAUUUAAUUCCGAGAUAUUUUGCACGCGAACAUAUUCGUCAAAAUUUUAGUGUUAAUACUCAAUUCAAAAUUGAAAUCGAUGAACCUGGUUUUAAAACAUCAGCUUUAAAAAACACGUUUGAAUUUAGUAAUGUUUCAAGUGGAGAGAAAGUAAAAAAUGUAUCUUCAAUGGUUGUUAAGACUGCAGUAGGUAUAGCUACUGCUGGUGUUUCAAUGUUAGACGAUGGUCUUAGAGCUGUUGCAGUCGCUGCUGUAGAUACUGUACAUGGUUUGUCUGUUGAUGUACUAUUAACUACAGAAAUGUGUGCUUGGUCAGCUGUAUCCAACGGUAAAUAA